AUGGAGAAACGUACACAAAUAAAUUUAGAGAAAUUUGAUAGUUUAAUACCUAUAAAUAAAAAUAUUUCUGUUGAAGCCGAAAACAAUCAACAAUUAAUAAAUAAUGAUAUUUACAUUAAAAAAGAGCCAGAAAACAACACUAAUUAUUGUACUUCUGAUGAAGAAACAGAACAUGUUAACCAGUGCACAAGUACAAUUAAAAUUGAAAGAGAUGAACUUAACGGUUAUAUGUUUGAAAGUAUAAUAGAAGUAAUUGACACCCAAUUAACAGAAAAAAAUGUUCAUGGUGCUAAUCCAAUAGUAAAUGUUAAUGAUGAUCGUUCUACUAUUGUUAAUGAUUGUUCAACUGUUAGUGAACAGUUACACAAUGAAAAGAAUCAAUACCAGUGUAAUAUAUGUAAUAAGCAAUUUCAUGACAAAUAUAACUUAGAAGUUCACAAAUCAUUUCAUGCAAAUAUCAAGAAAUUUGAAUGUACUGCUUGUGGUGUGCAAUUUUUGGAUUUAUCUGAUCUUAAAAGUCAUUUGAUAUCUCAUAUAGACCAUGAUAUACAAUUGAUUGAAAAUCAAUUUGUCCAACAAGAAUGUAAUAGUAAUUUAUGUAAUAAUAUUACCACACUUGAAGGAAUAAAGAAAAGUUGUCACGACAGUGGAGUUCCUAUUCAAAAUGAAAUAAUUAUCAAAAUUACAUUGGGGUGUUCAGUUGUUCAAAUUGAACAACCAAACAUUGAAAAUUCUUUAUUAACUGAAGUUAAUAGUAUUGAUUCAAGAAAUAGUGUUGAUUCAGAUUUAAAUGUUAUAAAUGCAGUUAAUUCUGUUGCUCUAGUACAUCAUGAAUCUGUUAAUGUAGCUGAAUCAUUUAAUGCAAGUUCAGGUAAUUCAAAAGAACAUAAAAAUGAUAAAGUUUAUGAAUGCUCAAAAUGCAGUAGAUUAUUUUAUGAUCGUUCAAGUAUUAUAAAUCAUCUCAACCCUGAUAAAUAUCAUUGUACCAACUGUUGUAAGUACAUUGAUAUUUUGUCUUCUUUGAAAUAUCCUGUUAGCUUUAAACCAGGAUCACCAGUAUAUUUUGAAUGUAAUGAAUGUUACAAUGAGUUUUAUACACUCAAGAGCUUUAGUAAAUAUAAAAGUGCACAAAGUAAAAAAAAUAAUGACAGGCCAUACGAGUGUGGUGUUUGUCUAAAAACACAUAUAAAUUGUUAUCACUUUGCUGCUCAUCAACGGUUACAUAAAGGUGAGAGACCAUACCGGUGUUAUGUUUGUAAUAAACUUUUUCAUGCCAGGUUUAAUUUAGAAGCUCACUUGUUUUCGCACCAAAACAUCAAAAGAUUUGAGUGCUCUUUGUGCUCAAAAAUGUUCCUUAAAUUAAAGUAUCUCAAAAUUCAUACAAGAUCACAUUAUUCUUUCAAACAUAAAUGCAACAUAUGUGGUAAAGAAUUUGAAUCAUUGAAUUCUUUGCAAAUGCAUCAGAAUUUCCAUUUUAAAUACAAACCACAUACAUGUAUUAAAUGUGGCAAAUCAUUUUCAAAACUUCAAUCUUUUACACAACAUUUGAAAAGGCACAGUGAUUUAAAAACAUUCAAAUGUGUUAUGUGUGAUAAAAGUUUUAGAACUUAUUUUGAUUUUAUAUGUCAUAAAAGAGAAUCUAAUGGAGAAAAGCCUUACAAGUGUGAUAUUUGUGAAGAUGAAUUUACUCAAUUAAUCGAUUGGAAAAAACACAGAAAAACACAUCAUGGUAAUAAAAUGUUUGAAUGCGACAAAUGCCAUAAAAAGUUUGUCAGUAAACUUAGUAUAAGAGUACAUUUAAAAACACACAAAGAAUGGAAAGAACAUACAUGUAAAGUAUGUAAUAAAAAAUUUGCAAAUAAACAUAAUUUAUAUGUACAUGAAAAAAUUCAUAAAGAUUUUAAACAAUAUGUUUGUAACAUAUGUAAAAAGAGUUUUAUUUCUCAUCGUAAUUUUACUCGUCAUUUAAAUCAACACACAGGUGUCAAGCCAAACCAGUGUAAUUGCGAGAAAACAUAUUCAUCAGUUCAAUCUCUAAAUAGAUGCAAAAAAGAUAAUUAUACAUGUGAUAUUUGUAAUAAAUCUUAUAGUAACCCUGAAGAACUCAAGGUUCACAAGACUACACAUGAAGAAUCUACGUGGAAGAAAUAUGUAUGCCAAUUAUGUGACAAAGCAUUUAGCAAACCUGUAUUAUUGAGAAAUCAUGAUUUAACUCAUCUGAAUGAUAAAUCACACAUGAACAUUUGCCCAAAGUCUUUUAUAACUCAAACAGCUCUAAAACUUCUUAAAAGACAGCAUACUGGUGAAAAACCAUACAAUUGCAAAUCAUGUACUAAGUCAUACCCACAAAUUAGUUCAUUAGUUCGACACGAAGCUAGAGUACACAAAUAAAUAUUUUAAGAUGUUCAUUCAAUUUAAAGUUCAAACAUUAAACAUAAAUGAGUCAAAUGGAUUCU